UCAAUUAAUGAAAUCAUUCUCAUAUAGGAGUGUCCAGUCCGUAUAAAGUGAAGUGUUUCUGUUCCCUCGCUGUUAUUUCCUCGGUGAUGGAGAGCAACAGGUGCACCGGACAGCCGCACCGCGCGGCUCUGAUUCUGGCCCGCGGCGGCAGUAAAGGAAUCCCUCUGAAGAACAUCAAGAGUCUGGCCGGUGUUCCUCUCAUCGCGUGGGUUCUGAGAGCUGCCUUGGAUUCAGAAGUCGUUGACAGCGUGUGGGUUUCCACAGAUCAUGAUGAGAUCGAGCGCGUCGCAAGAGUCUGGGGCGCAAAAGUUCAUCGGCGCAGUCCUGAAGUUUCCAAAGACUCGUCCAGCUCACUGGAGACCAUCCAGGAGUUCAUCCGACUGAGACCCGAGGUGGACAUCGUCUGUCAUAUUCAGGCCACGUCUCCAUGCCUCCACCCUCAUCACAUCAGAGAGGCCCUGCAGAUGAUCACUGAACAGGGUUGUGACUAUGUGUUUUCGGUGGUUCGCAGACACCAGUUUCACUGGGAGGAGGUGGACAAGAAAGAGGGGAAGAAUCCAACUCCUCUGAACAUUGACGUGGCGCACAGGCCUCGACGUCAAGAUUGGCGCGGGGAACUCUACGAAAACGGCUCUUUCUAUUUUAGUACGAGAAAGGCUUUGGAAAACGGCCUUAAACAAUUGGGCAAGAUCGCCUACUAUGAAAUGCUGCCUGAGUACAGCGUUGAUAUCGACGUGGACAUCGACUGGCCUGUCGCUGAGCAGAGAGUUCUGAGGUUUGGCUACUUUGGCCGAGAGGAGAACGCGGCGGUCAGGCUGUUUCUGUGUAAAGUGUCUGGCUGUUUGACAAAUGGACAGAUAAUCACAUCGGUUUCAGGCGAGGACCAUGUGGCCAUCAAUGCUCGAGACGUGGCAGGCAUACACAUGCUGCAGAGAGAAAAUAUAGAGUCACUGAGUGAUAAGGAAACAUCCUAA